AUGACCUUGUUGGAAACCACCUCGAAUAUCAUUUCGUAUGGAACAGUAAACACCGAUAAUUCGAUGGGGGACCAAGAGGAAGACCGGCUACUGUACCCUCAUUCGGUGUAUGAGCCGGACACUGAUAUCAGCACUGAGGACGAGGGAAGUACAGAGAGCAAUGUGCAGGAUGGAGUGAGGAAGAUAGAGGCUAUUAACCUGACUUGGACGCAGCGGUCUUUGAUGAUUGCAUAUCUGGGGAUAUUUCUCAUGGCGUUUUGUACUUCACUCGAAGGCCAAACUGUGGCUUCGCUCGCGGUAUAUGCUACCAGUUCGUUUAAGAAACAUUCUUUGAUUUCUACCGUACUGGUUGUACAGAAUGUUGUCAAUGCUGUGAUCAAACCGCCCAUGGCAAAAGUUGCAGAUGUAUUCGGCCGGUUCGAAGCAUUCUGUGUCAGUAUCGUUAUUUACACUCUUGGAUAUAUUCAAAUGGCUGCUUCGAACAACGUUCAGACAUAUGCUUCUGCCCAAAUAUUCUACGCCGCUGGAUCGACUGGCCUUCAAAUCCUCCAACAAGUAUUUAUCGCCGAUAGUAGCGAUCUUUUAAAUCGAGCGCUCUUCGCCCUUUUACCCGAGUUUCCCUUCUUGGUCACAGUCUGGAUUGGCCCGACAAUAGCGGAUGCAGUACUCCGCCAUUCCUCAUGGCGCUGGGGUUAUGGUAUGUGGGCGAUCAUAUUACCUGCAACAUUUCUCCCACUCGCCCUAUCAUUGCUUUUCAAUCAACGGAAAGCCAAGAAGCUGCGACCAAUCAAACAGAAACAUCGCAAGAAAAAUCGCACUUUUUAUCAGUCACUACGAUCGGUAUGGUAUGAAUUGGAUAUGUUUGGAUUAAUCCUUCUUUCUACCGCCGUUUCUCUGUUGUUGAUCCCGCUUACCUUGGCCGCCAACUCGAAAAAUGGAUGGCACGACGAUCGUAUUAUUGUCAUGUUGGCUCUGGGCUGUAUUUGUCUGGUUCUGUUUUUUGCAUGGGAGUCAUCGCAGAAACUCGCCCCGAAGCCGUUGCUCUCUUUGCAUCUGCUCACCGAACGAACCGCUCUGGCAGGAUGCGCAUUGGCAUUUUUCUACUUUAUGGCGUUUUACUUUUCCGUCCAGCCAUAUCUAUAUUCCUACUUGCAAGUCGUCCAGAACUACGAUAUUGCCGUCGCAGGACGGGUUACGCAGACAUUCUCAUUCACCUCCACAAUCGCAGCAUUCGUGGUUUCGAUUCUGAUCAAGUAUACUCGCCGUUAUCGGAUUUUUGUCACAACGGGAACGAUUGUGUAUAUUUUGGGCUUGGUGGCCAUGCUGCUCUACCGUCAAGAAGGUAGCUCUUUUCUCCAAAUUCUAGGUACACAGAUACUCGUUGGCACUGGUGGAGGGUUAGUCAACGUUCCUGUACAGCUCGGCGUGCAGGCAUCAGCACAACACCAAGAAGUCGCAGGUGCAACCGCUAUAUUCCUAACCGCGCUUGAAAUGGGAGGUGCAGUUGGAGCUGCAAUCUCGGGCGCAGUCUGGACGCAUCAGAUACCGAAGCGAUUGCGCGAAUACCUUCCAGCCGAGAGUCAAGACCAAGUCGAAGAGAUUUUUGGUAAACUUACUACGGCUUUAUCCUAUCCGAUGGGCUCGGAGACGCGUAUAGCGAUCAAUCGUGCAUACCAGGAGACGAUGAACAAUCUUUUGUGUCUGGCUAUUUUGGCUGCUUUGCCGAUUAUUCCGUUGAGUUUGAUUAUGAGGGAAUAUCAACUGGAUAAGAUGGGCCACACGAGAAAGCGUAGACACUCGGUGCAUGCGCAUGCGAGCGAAACUUCUGCUCGGCCAUCCCUGGAGGACGACAACAGACUAUGA